AUGGCGGACGUUCGGUGCGCGCUCCAGAUAGCCUCCCUCGAGGGGUGGCGGUCCUUCGCCCUGCCGCCCGACUAUGCCUCGGUGACGCUCGAGAGCAUCGACAUCCGCGUGCGGCGGCUGGAGCAGUCGUUCAGCAUCCAGUCGCCGGCGCCCAUGCUCGACGAGACCUGGGCCUCCAUCACGUACCGCCUUGGCCGCCUGCAGCGCCGCAACGGGCCCCGGAUCGCCAUGGAGAAGCGCGCGCACGGCGACUUCCUGCCCGAGGACGAGGGCCUGGCCCUCGCGCAGCUCAAGAGCAUGGCCUCCAAGGCCCGCCCGGAGGCCUCGGCCACCUGGCCCGAGGGCAAGGACAAGGCCGUGCUCGUGCGCGCCAUCGCCCAGCAGCUCUGCCACCUCGCCGGCAAGUACGGGUACAAGCCGCAGUCGUACGACCUCGACGUCGUCGGCCUCUACUCGUUCGCCGUGGAGCUCAUGAUCGAGUCCGAGAGCCGCAACUUCCCGGCCCACAGGAUGCCGCCCGGCCUCCACCCCGGGAUCCGGCCGCCGCCGCGGGGGAUGCCUCCGGUCGCCGUUAUGGGCCCCAGGAAGGCGUGCUGCGGCUGCUGCAGUUGCCACUGCCACAAAGAGAAGAAGGCUACGAGCUGGUUCAAGCGUCGUGGCGGCCGCGGCGGCAAGUGGCGUAGGGCAUUUGGGUUCGGAUGGGUGAAGAGCCUGUGGUGCUUCCGCAAGAAGAACGACUACUACAGUGACACGGACAGUUCCACCGACGAUAGCACCAUUGUCGAUGACUAA